UGUGUUUGUGUGAGUGAGUGAGUGCGCGCGCGCGCGCUCCAUCGUAGGUAGUGAAGCAGCUCCACGCAUGACUCCGGAAUCUGGUCUUCUCUGUAUCCUCUGGUGUGGGAGGCCGAGAGAGCGCGAGCGAGUGAGGGAUGCAGAGGAUCACGGUAAUAUCAGCCCGACCAGACCUACAAACUCAGUCUGCGGGGAUCAGGCUCGUUUAGGACGGUCUGUAGUUCGAGUCUAGGCGUUUUAGUCGGAGGAUUACUGAGCGGAGAAGCGGUAAAAGUUUUUUUUCCUCCCCCCUUCCACUUUUCCUUCGACCAGACCUCCGUCCUAAACAAAAAGAACCCGGGUGGAAAUUUUCUUCGCCAGAAAGGCACCGACUCUGCCGGACAUUUACGUAAGAUUUGUAUCUUACCUUUUAUAUAAAAAAAAAAAAGUCUUACGUGUUUUUGGAUUGACGGUAAGAUCGUUUUGGAGUGGUUUGCGGUGAUCGUGGAAAAGGAGAGCACUUGCAGCCGAGACGCGAGGCGAGUUUGUGUGUGUUGGUGUCGUUUUUAAAGCGCAGGAACCCCAAACUUAAACAGCAAGCGAUAACUUACACAGACAGCGCUGGAGGAGAAAGAGGAGAUUUUUGUGUAACGUUAGGAUCGACUAAAGAAGAAGAAGAAUAUCAAAAAGAACUUUCUUUAUUAACAGCCCGAAAAAGUUUUUUAAAUCUCGGAACGAACUUUUUUCCUCUCCGCGUUGAAUACAACCCUCACUGGAGCUAAAAGAGCCGGAUGUCCUAGCUGUGUGUAUGGAGAGCUGCGCCGGGCACCAGGCUCUGCUGUAGAGGAGCAUGAUGACCCUCAUGAUGAACAUCAUGCUGCUGCUGUUCUCCGUACUUUUAACUCAGCCUCUGCUGGGCCAGGCCAGGCCUGCUACUCCAGAACAAGUUGCCCUGGUGGAUGCCCCUAUGUACAGCCUAUAUGUUGGUAACAAGCUUGAUCUGAGCUGUGAGACCAAGGACGAGACUCAGGAGGUCAGCUGGACCAAAGACCAGGUUCUCAUCAUCAACGGGGACCAUACGCGUCUACGCAGUGGCGCACUGGAGAUUGAGGGCGUGGAACCAGCCGACUCGGGCCUGUACGUCUGCUUCGCCCGCAGCCCUGCAGGAAACCACACAAAGUAUUUUAACGUCAGCGUCUCCGAUGCCCUUGUUUCUUCUGAAGACGAUGAUGACGAUGAAUCUUCUUCCGAGGAGACGAAACAGUCCAGCAGCCAGAAGCUCCUCUCCAACAGCCAAGAGCUACUGCCUAUGGCGCCAGUGUGGGCUCAACCUGAUAAGAUGGAGAAGAAGCUCCACGCUGUUCCCGCCAGCAGAACAGUCAAAUUCCGCUGCCCGGCCGUCGGUAGCCCAAACCCCACACUUAAGUGGCUUAAGAACGGCAAGGAGUUUAAGCGAGACCAGCGGAUAGGAGGCUUCAAGGUGCGGGACCACAUGUGGUCGAUAAUAAUGGAUUCAGUGGUGCCCUCAGACAAAGGCAACUACACCUGUUUGGUUGAGAACAAAUACGGCAGCAUUAACCACACCUACCAGCUGGACGUUGUCGAGCGCUCCCCUCACAGGCCUAUCCUCCAGGCUGGCCUGCCUGCUAAUCGCACCGUGGUGGUGGGCAGCGAUGUGGAGUUUGAGUGUAAAGUCUUCAGUGACCCUCAGCCCCACAUCCAGUGGCUCAAACACAUAGAGGUGAACGGCAGCAAAGUGGGAAGUGACGGGCUUCCCUACGUCCGAGUCUUAAAGCACUCUGGGGUCAACAGCUCGGACACGCAGGUGCUGACGCUGUACAACGUGACGGAGGAGGAGAGUGGGGAGUAUAUUUGUAAAGUGUCCAAUUAUAUAGGCCAAGCCAACCAAUCAGCAUGGCUCACCGUCACUAAACACGCCUCCACAGCCGUGCCCCCGACUCCACUGCCCAACCAGACGUACCUGGAGGUCCUGAUCUACUGCGUGGGCUUCUUCCUCAUCUGUGUGAUGGUGGUGAUCGCUGUGGGGGUCAAAAUGCACAGCUCCUCCAAGAAGAGCGACUUCAACAGCCAGAUGGCCGUCCACAAGCUGGCCAAAAGCAUCCCACUGCGCAGACAGGUAACAGUGUCUGUGGACUCCAGCUCUUCUCUACACUCGGGGGCCAUGCUGGUCAAACCCUCCCGCCUCUCCUCCAGCGGCUCGCCCAUGCUCUCUGGAGUCUCUGAAUAUGAACUGCCACAAGACCCCCGCUGGGAACUGCCUCGAGACAAGUUGGUGCUCGGAAAGCCUCUGGGUGAAGGCUGCUUUGGUCAGGUGGUAAUGGGAGAGGUUCUGGGGAUGGACAAAGACAAACCGAACCGCAUUACCAAAGUCGCUGUCAAGAUGUUGAAAUCUGAUGCCACAGAGAAGGACCUGUCAGACCUGAUCUCUGAGAUGGAGAUGAUGAAGAUCAUUGGCAAGCACAAGAACAUCAUUAACCUGCUGGGCGCCUGCACACAGGACGGUCCGCUUUACGUCAUUGUGGAGUUCGCCUCGAAGGGGAACCUUCGGGAGUACCUAAGGGCCCGUCGUCCUCCUGGCAUGGAGUACUGCUACAACCCGGACCAGGUUCCUGUAGAGAACAUGUCCAUCAAAGACCUGGUGUCCUGCGCCUACCAGGUAGCACGUGGCAUGGAGUACCUGGCAUCCAAAAAGUGUAUCCACAGAGACCUGGCUGCCCGCAAUGUCCUCGUAACCGAAGACAACGUGAUGAAGAUAGCAGACUUCGGCUUGGCCAGAGACAUCCACCAUAUUGAUUACUACAAGAAAACCACCAAUGGUCGUUUGCCAGUGAAAUGGAUGGCUCCAGAGGCUCUGUUUGACCGUAUCUACACCCAUCAGAGCGACGUGUGGUCUUUCGGGGUGCUGCUCUGGGAGAUCUUCACUCUAGGUGGUUCUCCAUAUCCAGGCGUGCCUGUAGAGGAGCUGUUCAAGCUGCUGAAGGAGGGCCACCGCAUGGACCGCCCCACAACAUGCACCCAUGAAUUGUAUAUGAUGAUGAGGGAUUGCUGGCACGCCAUCCCCUCUCAGAGACCCACCUUCAAGCAGCUUGUGGAGGACUUGGACCGCACUCUCUCUAUGACGUCAAAUCAGGAGUACCUAGACCUGUCCGUGUCUCUGGACCAGUAUUCUCCCAGCUUCCCCGACACACGCAGCUCCACCUGCUCCUCCGGUGAAGACUCGGUCUUCUCCCACGACCCCGGCGCCGACGAGCCCUGCCUGCCCAAAUUCCCCCCUCAUCCCAACCGCGGGGUGGCUUUCAAAAAGCGCUGAGCCCCGCCCCUCCCCGCCCCCCGGCAGCCUGCUGUAGCGUGUGCUACUGAGCUGGACUUCAGUCAUGAACUCACAGGUUCGGGACGCGACUCAUGAAAGACUUUUACAGUUAGCCUAGGGGAGCAUUGGCUCGUCAUUUCCAGACACCAUUCGCCACUGGUGUGGACAAGCUUUAGGGCACUUGGGACAGAUUUUGAGCGUCUGAAAGGAGAGACUUUGUUGUUUUUUUCCCCCUGGACUCAAUAGAAGGAGCAGAAGACUUGCAGUGGGGAUGUAAUUGCUGAAUGGUUAGAGUAUUUUGGAUAUUUUUCAUUGCUAACAGACGAGGACCUUUUUCUGUCUUGCUGUCUGUCUUUCUGUCUUUUUUUUUUUUCUCCAUACCAAAAGAUCUUUACGAAAAAAAAAAAAAAUUGCUUAUUUCACUUACUGGACUCUCUGAAAGUAAAGUAUUCUAACAAUGGAUUGUUACAACAGUAAAGUCGGUUCUUUUGAAUCAUGACUUUCUUGUAAAUACAGUUAGAAAUUUAUAAAUAUGAAUAUAUAUUUACACUCUACUCUUAUUUUUAUUACUCUAAUUGAUUUUGUUGCUUUUUUGUACCUGGAUGUCCAGUAAUGUUUUGGGCAUUUUUUUUAUUUUUAUUUUGUUUUAUUUUUGUUUUUUUGUGAAAGGGGCAAACAAACGUGUCCACCAGAGUUUGAUACAAAAGAAAUAUGCUAAUAUUCUAUGAACUGAUAGCUGGCCAGUUUUUACUGAUUCUUGUGUUUUUUGUUUUUUUGUUCUGUAUCGUUGAUGCAGGUAAGCUAAUGUAGCUCAGAAACCGCUGCUAGCUAUUCGAUGGCCUUCACUCCAUCCUCAAGAUUAACUAGUUAAGCUACAUAAUAGUACGCUACUAUUGUUUAGUAGGAAUCAUUCCCACUUGUAGUGGUUGCUCUUUCCUUCUGUAUUAAGGUAGUCGGCGUCUCAGAACGGUACUUUUCUUAAGGUUUUGUCUUAAGGUACGUGUCUUAACGAUUUAUGAUGAUUUAAAAAAAAAACCUGGAAAAAGACCCUGUGAAUACAAAUAUUUCGACAAAAAAUUGGUAAAGAAUAAGUCAUCCACCUUAAGAUGUGCCUCCGGGGAACGCUGGGAAUUGUACAAGGCUUUUGACAUCUAUGUAAUGAAUUGACUGUGCAUAAAAGCAAAGAUGCCAUCGUCCUCGGAAUGGGGAAAGAUUUGCGGAUCACUUAUGUCACUGUAAAAGGAUUACAUUAAAUAAAAUGCUAUUGAAAACCUGAUCAAAGCGUUCACAUUUUGAGACAAACUUCAUAAACAACGUAAUGUAAAUAUUGUAAAUAUCAUAAAUAUCUCUGUUUUACACAUGUUUAUAAUUGCUUCCUUUAAAGGCCUCUUAUUAUGGAAAGUCCUUCUGUUUAAAAAAUUGCCAUGGCUCUGAUUAGGGCUGCGCGAUAUUGGAAAAAUUUCACAUUGCAAUGUUUUUUUUUUUUUUUUUUUUUUUUUUUUUUUUUGACGAUAUUUAUCAGGAUAUUAAACAAUGCAGGACCAGUUACAUCAAAAGCCCCGCCCCCACCUGUUUGCUGUCUCGCAUCAAAGAUCCGUACUGACCAAGAGCUGAGUUAGCGCUUUAGAGCCGAUCAUUCAAAACCCGAGGAAAACCGAGAAACAACAAUAACCGACACUUUAUUCAGGCCUUUAAAAGGUAAACAAGAGCAUUUUUCUGUGAUUAAAACUGUGAUUUCAUCUGGAACUGAAAAUGUCUGCUUCUGCGCUUCUCGGGCAGCAGCCCCCUUUCACUUACACAGACACAGAGACAGCGCUGUGUAUCUACUUCUUGUGUCAAGAAUCAAAACACUGCAACAUGACGUGUUCGCUGUGUCUGCAGUUGUUCGUUUUCUUCUCAAUUACGUCACAUUGUUUGCAAAAGCCAAACUAAUGUUGUCUUUGCAAGAAGUAUACUAAGACCUUUAGAUUAUGCCACUGUGACUCAAGCAUCACUGAUGCUUGGCAUCAGCAGACAGAGCCUGAGAGAGAGAGAAAGAGAGAGAGCUGUUGGCUUUGCUUUUUCUGGCUAGAUAGAUGGCGCUCUCUCUCCCCACAUCAAUCUAAGUGGGAUGUUGGUCAGCAUAGGUGUCUGUUAGCUGAUGUAUCAGAGCUUGGGUUCCAUUGCUUUCCUUUAACCCUUUUACUCAUUUUAUAUGGUUUAGAAUACUUUUUUUAUGUUUAUUUUACUAUUUAGGGAAGGUUUUUUUUUCAAAUAAAAGGUCAAUAUCAAAUCUAAAAUAAAAAUGCUAAACAAUGCAAUGGAAAUUAAAAAGCAAUUAAAUAUUUUAGUUACUUGGACUUAGCUACUUAAAUUUUAUAUAGAUUUUGAAGUAAAUUAUUAGAGUCCUGUUUUGUCUCUAUCACAGGAAAUAAAAAUCUGGAACAUAAUUCAGGUGUGAAAGGGUUAAGUAUGACAGUGCAUCGGCGACUGUCCACCCUCCUAGUGUUCAGGGCAUUACUGAUGAUAGACUAGUCCUAAUAAGUGGGUAGGGUAAAUGAUCUUCCAAAAUGGAGAGAAAAUGGGAUGAAAUAAAAAAAUUCAACUUUUGAAUAAGCUCUUUAAACAAACAACUUUCUACAGAGUGAAGUAAAGAGAGCACGCUCGUUUACAAAAAGUACAAAAGCCCAAUAAAUACAAAUAUUUUGUACAAAAAGAGGAAAAGUCAAUUACCCUAAGUUGGGCCUGCGGGAGCGCCGGGAAAUGUGCAAGACUUUGACAUCCAUGUAAUGCAUUGACUGUGCAUAAAAGCAAAGAUGCCAUUGUCCUCGGAAUGGGGAAAGAUUUGCAGAUCACUUAUGUCACUGUAAAAGGAUUACAUUAAAUAAAAUGCUAUUGAAAACCUGA